AUGGAUAGAAAAUUUCGUGCUUAUCCAGAGUCUUAUGGGAUUAUCCACCAACCAAGUUGUCCUUAUACUAGAGCACAAAAUAGGGUUGCUGAGAGGAAGAAAAGGCAUUUGUUAGAAGUGGCAAGAUCUCUUAUGUUUACCAUGAAUCUACCAAAUCUUACUGGGGAUGCCAUUUUAGUAGGUGCUAUCUCAUCAACACAAUGCCGCUUAAAACCCUCAAUUUUCAGUCCUUUAGAAGCUUUAAAAGGUAAAAAUGACUAUGUUGUUCCUCCGAAGGUGUUUGAGUGUCUCUUCUUGUUCGCACUAGAAACUCUGGGAAACUUGAUCCUAAAGCUCUUAAAUGUGUCUUUAUCGGGUAUUCUCCAACACAAAAAGGGUACAAAUGCUAUCAUCCUCCCUUUAGGAGAUCCUUUGUCAGCAUGGAUGUUACGUUUCAAGAGUGUGAGCCCUAUUUCAGUAUUACACCAUUACCUCUUCAGGGGGAGAGCUAUAAGGAGGAAGAGGAAAAACAGAGCAGAAGAAGCCAUCAUGCAAUCUACUAAAGCCGAAUCAUCUUCUACGGAACCCUCUUCUAUUGAAUUGCAGCCAGAUCUUGAACCACUAAACACCCCUUAUCCAAUCUUGUCUCCUAUAAUUUUGUCUCUGUCCUAUAGAGCCUUUACAUUGUCUAUUUCCUUGAAUUGGAGGGAAGCUUUUGCAGAUCCUAAAUGGAAGCAAGCUUUGAUUGAAGAAAUAAAGGCCCGCUUGUCACAUCAACCCCAGACAAGAAGUUGGUUGGCUGCAAAUGGGUUUUCACUAUUGGUGGCCAAAGGAUUCACUCAAACUUAUGGAGUUGACUAUCAAGAAACAUUUACCCCUAUUGCUAAAAAGAACACUAUUAGAAUUCUCUUAUCUUGUGCAACUAAUCUUGAUUUGGACUUACAACAAUUUGAUGUGAAGAAUGCUUUUCUCCGUGGAGACUUGGAAGAAAAAGUGAAUAUGAAGAUUGCUCCUACAUUUGAUACUGAACAGAGUCAAGAAAAGGUGUGCAGAUUGAAGAAAACUUUGUACGGAUUGAAGCAAUCCCCUAGAGCUUGGUUUGACAGAUUUUGCAAAGUAAUGAUCUCUUUUGGUUACCAACAGAGCAAUGUCGAUCAUACUCUAUUCAUAAGACAUCAAAGCGGUAAAGUCACUCUUCUCAUAGUUUAUGUUGAUGAUAUAGUAAUGGCAGGAGAUGACAAAGAAGAGAUUGUUCGAUUGAAGAAGUUGUUGGCAUCGGAAUUCGAGAUCAAGGAUCUUGGAAAAUUGCAGUACUUCUUGGGAAUUGAGGUUGCCAGAUCGAAAAUGGGAAUCUUUCUUUCUCAAAGAAAGUAUAUUUUAGAUCUCUUGAAAGAAACUGGUAUGACAGGAUGCAAACCAGCAAAAUCGCCUAUUGAAAGCAAUCACAAGUUACAAACAGGAGUUGGAGAAUCUGUUGAUAAGGAGAGAUAUUAG